AUGGCAGCUUCCAACUGGACCAUGCCCCACCCCUCCACCUUCAUCCUCCUCGGCAUCCCGGGGCUGGAGGCGGCGCAUGUCUGGAUCUCCAUCCCCUUCUGCUUCGUCUACAUUCUGUCCCUCCUGGGGAACAGCCUCCUCCUGGCUGUUAUCAAGACUGACCCGAAACUCCACGAGCCCAUGUACCUUUUCCUUUCCAUGCUGGCACUCGCAGACCUGGUCGUAUCCACCACCACCGUGCCCAAAACCCUCUGCAUAUUCUGGUUCAGGGACUGGGCCAUUCACACCAAUGCUUGCCUGGCCCAGAUGUAUCUCCUUCACUCCCUGUCAACCAUGGAGUCCGGAUUCAUCCUGGCUAUGGCCUUUGAUCGCUACAUCGCUAUCUGUAACCCACUGCGACACUCGGCUGUCCUGACCAAUCGGGCCAUAGCCAAGAUAGGGCUGGGUGUUGUGAUGAGGGGGGCCGUGUUACUGGGCCCACACCCAUUCCUGCUGAAACAGCUCCCGUACUGCAGGACCCAUGUCAUUUCUCACACCUAUUGUGAGUUCAUGACGCUGGUGAAACUGGCCUGUGUGGACACGACAGUCAUGAGAGCCUAUGGUCUGGUCAUUGCAUUUCUCACUGGGGGCUUAGACCUGCUGCUGAUUGUCCUGUCCUACGUGAUGAUUCUCUGGGCUGUCUUCAGACUCCCCUCCAAGGAGGUGCGGCGCAAGUCCCUCGGCACCUGCGGCUCCCACGUCUGCGUCAUGCUGGUGUUUUACAUCCCUGCGUUCUUCUCCUUCUUCUCCCACCGCUUCGGCCACGUAGCUCCCCACGUUCACAUCCUCAUCGCAAACAUGUACCUGCUCUUCCCUCCCAUGAUGAACCCCAUCAUCUACGGGGUGAGAACCCUGGGGAUCCGGCAGAGGGCGUUCCACCUCUUGGGCAUCAAACCAGCCUGA